GAAAACUGCUGCCCUGAGUGUGGUGAGCUCAGCCCUGCUGCAUUUCAGAGGGCGAUGAUGCGAUGGCAGGCUUUGUCUCACGCUCGCAACAUGAUGCCUGUGUGUGUUGAAGUGGUUGCUGGCUCCGUGGGGUUGAUGGAUUGGGUCAGUUCAUUGGCACGGGGGCACGGCUGGUGCAGCUGAUGGCUGCGUCUGUGCUGUGCUGGGGCUUGGUGCUGCAGCGUGGCACCUGGGAAAGCUUGAUCUACUUCCUAUUCCGUAGCAAGAGCAAGAACUGGCGUGUCUUGAGGUUUGUUUUGUGAAUUGCAGCACAGCGUGCUCACUGGUGCUGAAGGUUUGCCUCUUGCUUUCCAGGACACUGGAGUACCUGGUGAGGCACUUGGCUUGUCUCGCUGGGAGCUGCUCUGCCACAAAGAUGCCCGCUAAGAACUUAGCGAUUGUGUGGGCUCCCAACCUCUUCAGAUCCCAGCAGAACGAGUCUGCCUGCGCCAGCGGAAGAGCUGCCUGCAUGGAACUGCAGAGGCAGUCAGAUGUGGUGGAGUACAUCAUCAGCCACACAGACGUCCUCUUCUGCUCCACAUCCACAUCAGGCAUCGGAGAUGGAGCAGGGCACAGUUCUCCAUCAGGGCCCAAGUCUGUGCGGGUGUCUUCUCCUGCCACCAUGCUGCUCAGCGUGGAGGAGGCACAGGCACAGAGGCGAGGCCACAGCAGCCCUCCCGCACUGACACGCAGCACAAACAUCGAAGUGGAAGAAGGCCCCGCAGCUGCAGGGGGCAAAUUCCACACAGUCAUCGCCUUUCCGUCUGAAAGACCAAGUCCACCCAGCAGGGUGAAGGAAUCCCCAGCAUGCAGUUGGUGUUCCUGCUUCAGGCCAAGAAAGCCAUCCUCUGUGGCUAAACGCCAACUGCAGUGCGAUGCCAGGGAGCCCUCAGAAACAGAGGUGGUGGUCCUGGCAGGUGAAUCGAGCCCUCGUCCACGCAGAAGAGCCAGAGCAUAUAGCGAUGGUUCACUGUGUGCUUCCAUCAGUGCAGAGCUGCUAGGAAGCACGAAUCGCUGCAGCUCGGAUGAUAGCCUUCCAUACAACACCAGUGAUGGAAUGAAGGUGCUCAUCCAAGUGGAAGCCCUCAUCUCUCCCAGCUGUGCUGAAGACGCUGACCUGAGCCUGCCAGAAACAACGGUCACCGAGCUGGACUGUGACGGGGCGCCAUUGCAGUGCAGCCCAGCCCAAGCACAGCCCGAGUGCCCCGACAGCAGCAGCUCCACGCAGGAUCAGGUCAGCGUCAGCGAGGAGGAGCCGAGCCUUGUGGAGGGGGACUUAGAAUCGGAGCUCCAGUCCCAGGCACCGGGCAGCAGCACGAGCUCUGAGCUCCUGCCUCCUUCACAAGAGAGGAUGAAUGCCAUGUGUCCACCGGACCUCUCACGCCCUCCUGGCUUUUAAUGAAUAAAUGCACGCUGGUGCUGGAUCAA